AACUGUCAAAAGUCAAAAGAGUAUUUGUAUUUAUUUACUUAACAAGCAAAAGUUGUUGUUAUUGUUUGGAUAUUUUAAUACUUUUAAAUUUUUGAUGGACAAAAUAAAGAUGUCAAAAAUAUCCAUAAAAAGUUUUAUUAAAAAAGAUUUUGUUAAAGAUACAUCGUCCCAACGUCUAACGUCUAUCAAAUUACCUCGCGAUCUCAGUUUAGGUGGAACUAAACAGCAUAAAAAAUUGUAUAAACCAAAUUUAAAUGUGAUAAGAAAUAAAAAAGUAACUGAGAAUAAGCUUCAGGUUGUAAACAAUACAAAGUUAAGAUCUCGAAGGAACAAAGAACCAGUUAAACAAAAAUAUGUGCAAUCAUCAGGUGUAUUUUCAGAAGGUAUAAUUUCAGAUAUUGUUCCUGUUGUUAGAGUCAGACAAGAUGCUGCACCAAAAACUUCACCAACAAUAGUAAAUACACUAAAAUUAACAGAGGCCUUUAAAAAACAUGAAGACAAGAUUAUUAAUGAUAUUAAAGAAUGUACUGAGAGUAGUGAUAGUGACUCUGAAAAUAUAUCUUCAUUCAAAUAUAUCCAAUGGAAUGAAGCUUCAUUUAAAAAUGUCAAAUCGGAAGUUAUGCCCGAUGUUACUAUCCCCAAACCUGAUUUCCUUAAUUUUGAUGAUCAAAAGUCUACACUAGGUCUAUGGCAAUUGCCAGAUUCAUUUAGUUUUAUAAAAGAUGACCAAAGAAGUGAUUUUAAUCUUAAUGAUGCUGGAGAAGGAAUUAUUGGAAAGAUUCUUGUUCGAAAAUCAGGAAAAAUUGAUGCUGUAAUUGGGAAUUUAAGCUACGAGCUGGAGGCAGUAAAGUGGGAAUCAUUUAAUGAACAUUUAAUGUCAGUUUCUAUUGGGAAAUUUUCACAUGCUGUAAAUUUAGGUAGUUUGCAGAAUAGAUUCAUACUCAGCCCUAAUUGGAACCAAUUAUUAAAAGAUUAGUUUUGUUUGUUUAUUGAUAUGUAUUUAUGAAUAAAUGUACAGUAUUAUGAAUAAUAGCAAUAACUAUUUAUAAACGGAUAUUUUAUAAGUAUAAUGUAGAUAAUAAAGAUAUGUAAUAGUAAUUUCUGAAAACAACAAUAAUGUCUUGCUAAUAAGUUGAAGUUAUCUGCUUCUGAUAUACAGAAUAAUAUAUUUAAAAAAUAAGAUAGAA